AUGUUGACACACACCGCCGUUGGGUUACCUCAGCUUCCUACCACCCCCUUUGUCUGUUGCUCAGUGUUACCACACCUUCCAGCUUGUUCGUUUUCCUCUUCGAUCAAACAUGUGUCGGAUCAUUUAUGUUCCGAAUCAAUUGCUCUAGAUGCUAAUGAAUUGUUCGAUGACCUGAAGGAAAAGUGGGAUUCACUUGAAAACAAGUCGACAGUUGUUGUGUAUGGAGGAGGAGCAGUUGUUGCAAUAUUGAUAUCUUCAAUCCUUAUUGGUGCUGUCAAGUCAGUGCCACAACUUCCAAAGAUCUUAGAGUUGGUAGGACUUGGAUAUAUUGGAUGGUUUGUCUACCAGUAUCUUCUCUUAAAGUCUAGCAGAAAAGAGUUAGCAACAAAUAUUGAGUGGAUUAAGAAGGAGAUUGCAGGGACCGAGUAA